CUCACUUUCAUGUCGGAGGGAGUAGGGAGAUCUCAUCCUAUAAAACAUGAUUGAUCGAUCGGCCCAUUUCAAACCGAUCAGCGACGGCCGUAGACCGGCGACCUAAAUCAUCUACGGCGAUGCCUUCUCCUCUUCCUCCUUCUCCGAACGCAAAAAGGCGGGUCAAGGCGAAGAAGCCGGACAGGCAGUCACCGACCUUCCGGAUCCUCAGGGAGCCGUCUCCAAGUUUAUUCCCGUCGAGGGGAGAGAUACUGAAGCUUCUUCUAAUCGUAUUCAUCGCCGCAUCCGUCGCGGUUGCCUGCAGUUUCGUCUCUGAUAUCCUCAGCCGCCGUCCUAAGCCUUUCUGUGACAGUGGUCAGGACCCUCAGGAUAUCGAUAUGUGUGAACCUUGUCCUGAAAAGGGUCGGUGUUCUAAUGGCAAGCUGGAGUGUUUGCAUGGUUACAAGAAGCAGGGGAGGAUAUGCAUAGAAAAUGGGCAACUUCACCAAACAGCUAAACAACUUGCAAAGGUGGUAGAAGAUGAUGUUUGUGGUUCAUAUGCUCAAGUUUUAUGCAACCGAGCUGGGAAAAUUUGGUUUGAAGAAGGUGAUGUUGAGAAAAUACUGGAUGAUUACAAAGCAAGAGAAGAUAUUAGAUUAGAAGAUGAUAAUUAUAAGCUUGCAAUACAUAAGGCUUUGGAAACUGUGCAAGGAUCCCUAGAAAAGAAGACAGAUUCAAAUGGGAGCAAGGAAUACAAGUGCCCCCAACCGCUAGCUGAACUUCACAGACCUCUUGAUUGUUGCAUUCGUCAGUGGCUUUACAGACAUAUUUUACUUGUUACUGGUGUUUUAACAAUUGUCAUAUGUUUGACAAGGUUUUUUUGGAUUUUGCAUCGGAAAAAGAUUGCGUCUACCAGAGCUGAAAAACUUUAUGAGGAGGUUUGUGAAAUCCUUGAGGAAAACGCCGUGAGAGCAAGAACACAAAAUGAAGGAAAGCCUUGGGUUGUUGCCUCUUGGUUAAGAGACCAUCUACUUCUACCUAGGGAAAGAAAGGACUACACAUUAUGGAAGAAGGUUGAAGAAUUGAUCCAAGAGGACUCCCGCAUAGAUCAAUACCCAAAGCUGAUCAAGGGAGAAUCCAAAAUUGUUCUAGAAUGGCAAGCGGAUGGCGCUUUAAGUUCCAGUUUGAAGGCUAAAAAAACUAUGAAGAGAACUGAUAAAUUCAGCACCCAAGUAGACAAACUUCAUUGCAAUCAAGAAAAAGCUAAGGUGGGUGAGUCUCUUCUUCCACAUCUAUAAGUUUAUGAGACAGCCAUAAUGCUAAUACCACUCAAAGAAACUUCUUCAAUGCCAAUGAUAUGUAUCUUAAUUACUUUAUAUUGUUCUUAUUUUCCAUAUAAUAUGUGAGAGUGCCUGCCGAUGUAGGGAAAAUACUCUGUACUAAUAUCCUAAAGCCACUGAAGCGUUUUCUUUGUCUUUUUCAAUGCUAAUGACUUAAAAAAAGAGGUAAAGUUGGAUAUUA